UUUUAAUGAACACUGAAUUUUUCCCGAAUCUUGCUGCACCAGAUCUCCACCCCUCUUCUCUUUCCCUCUCCCGGGAUCCCAAAUUUCAGAAUACAUACAUUUUUCUCUGUAAAAUAAUUCACAGAAACAGGCGGGGAGAGAGAGAGAGAGAGAGAGAAUUCAGAGCGGAGGGACAAGAGAGAUGAAGAUUACGGCUCUUUUGGUGCUCAAGGUGAACCCCGAUGGAUCGGAUCCGGUAAUCCUGUCGAACGCCUCCGAUGUCAGCCAUUUCGGAUACUUCCAGCGAUCGAGCGUGAAGGAGUUCAUUGUCUUCGUCGGCCGCACCGUCGCCAAACGGACCCCGCCCGGCCAGCGCCAGUCUGUCCAGCACGAAGAAUACAAGGUUCAUUCUUACAACAGAAAUGGUCUCUGUGCAUUAGGAUUCAUGGAUGAUCACUAUCCAGUUCGAAGUGCUUUCUCUCUUUUGAACCAGAUCCUAGAUGAGUAUCACAAGAGUUUUGGUGAUUCAUGGAGAUCGGCACAGGCAGAUAAUACUCAACCGUGGCCCUACCUGAAUGAAGCUUUAACAAAAUUCCAGGACCCUGCUGAGGCCGACAAGUUGUUGAAAAUUCAGAGGGAAUUGGAUGAAACGAAAAUUAUACUUGUAAGUAUACAGCCAUCGAUAUUAUCUUCUCUUUUGAUCUGUCUCGUUCACAUGAAUGGUUGUCUUUCGCAGCACAAAACCAUUGAUAGUGUGCUCGCUCGUGGUGAGAAACUGGACAGUCUUGUCGAUAAGAGUUCCGAUCUCAGUGCAGCCUCACAGAUGUUUUACAAGCAAGCAAAGAAAACCAAUCAGUGUUGUACAUUACUGUAAGGUUCCAAGGACGAGUUAAAUACCCUCACACUCCUGCCCGGUGCCUUCGUGUCGAAGAGGAAACCUGAUAAGAUAUGUUUAUAGAUGAAUUUAUUUUGUUUAUUUGUAUGAAUUUGGUGUGGUUUUUACAUUUGCUCUUCAUAUGUUGAUGCUUGCAGUAGCGAUUCUUCUCGUAUAAGUGUCAACAUUUGCUCUUAUUAUGGAUAUAAAAAGCUUCAAUUAUCUUGUCUAUGUAAAUGAUCAAAUGAAUCAAGAAGUUUGAUCGUUUUCUCAAA